AUGGGAACUGGACAGCGACGAAAUAUCUCCAGACGGCAAAUAGAUAUAAGGCGAGGUACAUGUGUUCCCAUACCGAGACGUGGUGAAGGACGACCAUGCAAGAGGGCGUUGGAGUCUUUGGCGACGGAGUCGCCAAAGAGGUCUAUUGGGAUUGAGGCUGUCAAUCAGGGACAGACUUCUCAUGAUACUGCGGGCGCGUCGGGCGCUCGGAUUUUGACGGUUCAUUCUCCAAAGUUACCCACACCUACAGUAUCCACUGUACCACCAGCAGUACCAUCUGCGACAUACUCGGCCCCUCCACCAGCAGUUCCUGUUACUACGUACCUGACACCACCGCCACCUGUGCCUGCUACUACGUAUCUGGCACCAGCAACACCGGUUACACUUGUGCCUACUACAUACUCGGCACCCACACCAGCAGUACCAGUUGCUCCUUAUCUGGUACCACCACCUACCGUACCUCCAGCUGCUCCUGCAUAUAUUGAUCCUGCAGUGCCACCAGUGGUACCUGCCCUCGCUUAUGCAACAGCACCAUGGGUACCUCCCUCGACCUAUCCAGCGGUACCACUUGUAGUACCAGCUCCAGUGGUUCCACCAGUUCUCGCGGCGAUCCCUAUUCACCCUACUGAUAUGGUUGCAGCACGAGCUCGGAUCCAAGCUUUGGCAGAGUCGAUGAAGAGCAGAUUCAUGCUAUUUCGCGGAGAGACAGAUCCGAGUGUAGCUUAG